AUGGGGAGUUUUUCUCGGCUCCCUAGUGAGUCAGCUUUCAAGUCACUGCUCACUCCUCAAAAUAACAGGGAAGUUAUAAAACCCCCUAGUGAGUCAGCUUUUACAUCACUGCUCACUCCUCAAGAAAAUAUGCAAGCUGUUGAUAAUGUGCCAUCUAUUUCCACCCAAAUCAAUACUGAUGUGCAAAGAAAGAUCGUUGUGGUUAUUAACCACGAUGAUGAAAUUCCGCGUGCACCCGAUGGAGCAAAAGUGGAUACAUCUAUAAAUAGUGGGAAUGCCCCACCCAUUUUUAGAAUUAAUGGUCAAAACUUCCAUUUAAUGGGAGGGUUGCUUCCUCAAGAUGGUAGUUGUCCAAAAUUUGCUCAAUUGUACAUACAUGACACGGAAAAUGAGGUGGAGAACCGCAUCAACGCCUUUAGGGGCAAUGAACCGAGUACCGAAAUCCAUGUUCAAAUAGUGGAGGACAUAAAACAAGAUUUGGAUGAUCACAAUGUCUUGGUUAAAUGUUUCCGUUGGGCUAAAACGCAUAUACAAUGCCAUCCACAAGCAGAGUUCAAGAUGAGAUUAAUUGGUAAGCGAACUGGUGAUGCGAGAACAUACAAUUUGCCCACUGUAUCUGAAGUGGCUGCCCUUAUAGUUGGGGAUCUUGAUCCUGCUCUUGGUCAUAGGGAUAUUAUAGUAGAGACAAACGCCGGAUGUCUUAAGCGGAUAAAUGAGUUGAACCCUACGUACUUGCCCUUACAGUAUCCACUUCUCUUUCCUUUCGGCGAAGACAGCUACAGGGAGGACAUUCAAUUCAAUUUGGAUAGAUCUCAACAUACUAGUGGCAGAACAAGAGUGUCACAGCGAGAAUUCUUUACCUAUAGGAUCCAUGAGCGGUUUGGUGAAAUGUCUACGGUACUAUAUGCAAAGAGACUUUUUCAACAGUUUUUGGUAGAUGCAUACACUAUGGUGGAAUCAAGCCGGCUGCUAUAUAUUAGAAAUAAUCAAAAAGCGUUGCGCUGUGAAGCAUACAAAGGUCUUUCAGAUGCUUUGACGCGAGGGGAAGUUGAUACUCGCAAUCAAGGAAAACGAAUCAUACUACCAUCCAGUUUCACAGGCGGGGCUCGCUAUAUGAUCCAGAAUUACCAGGAUGCGAUGGCUAUUUGUCGUGCGAAAGGUUAUCCAAACUUAUUUAUAACAUUUACAUGUAACCCGAAGUGGCCAGAGAUCCAAAGAUACAUGCUCAAAUCAAAUCUCAAACCAGAAGAUAGACCAGACAUUUUGUGCCGGGUGUUCAAGAUAAAGCUUGAUGGAUUGGUGAAAGAGAUUCGUGCUGGAAAGCUUUUUGGAAAAGUUGUGGCAGAAUUUCAAAAGCGAGGACUGCCACACGCUCACAUUCUAAUUUUCCUAGAAAGACUACCUCAAGGCUUUACAGCAACUAUCAUUGACCAAUUUAUUUCAGCAGAGAUACCAGACCCAGAAACUUACACGAAAUAUUUUAGUGCUGUUGAGGAGUUUAUGAUUCACGGGCCAUGUGGAAGAGAAAGGCCAAAAUCUCCAUGCAUGGCAAACAACAAACGCCGUUCAAAUGGUGUAAAGUUGGAUAGCAGAUAUGUGGUGCCACAUAAUAGAUACCUUCUUCUCAAAUACAAAGCCCACAUCAAUGUAGAAUGGUGUAACCAAUCUAGAUCAAUCAAGUAUCUAUUCAAGUAUGUGAACAAAGGUAAUGACAGGGUCACCGCAGAAUUCUACAAGAGCACUUCAGAUGAGCAUGCAAGUGAAACUGUCGACGAAAUUACUAUGUUCUACGAUUGUAGAUAUGUAUCUACAUGCGAAGCUGCAUGGAGAUUGUUAAGCUUUGAGGUUCAAUAUAGGCAUCCACCUGUAGAAAUGUUGAGUUUCCAUUUGCCAGAUUGUCAAUCAGUGGUAUUCCAGGACGAUGACAGCAUAGAGAAUGUGUUAAGUAGGCCAACCGUAUACCAGAGUAUGUUUACUGCAUGGUUUGAGGCUAACAAGAAAUUUCCAUCAGCAAAGGAGUUAGCUUAUAUUGACAUGCCGUCAAGAUUUGUACGGAAGAAGGAUAUUAGAGAAUGGCAUCCGAGGAAGAGGGGUUUCUCCAUUGGAAGAAUAUUUUACGUACCUCCUAGCAGUGGAGAGAUUUAUUACUUGAGAUGUCUCUUAAAUGUAGUUCGUGGUCCUACUAAUUUUGAUGACAUUAAGUCGUAUCAGGGUGUAGUAUAUCCAUCUUUUAGGGAUGCAUGCUAUGCAAGAGGGCUUUUAGAUGAUGACAGAGAAUACAUAGAUGCAAUUAAUGAAGCCAGUCUAUGGUCUACUGCCCAAGCAAUGAGAAAAUUAUUUGUUGUCUUAUUAACAUCCAACUUGGUAAACCGGCCUGAAAAUGUAUGGUGUCAAGUAUGGCAUCACUUGGCAGAGGAUGUUCAAUUUAACAGACGGAGAUUAUUUCGCAGAGAUGAUUUGUGUUUGUCUGAUGAUGACAAGAAGAAUUUAGCAUUAAUUGAGAUUGAGCGAUUGUUACAAAAGUACAACAAGUCCUUGAAAGAUUACCCUCAUAUGCCAAUUCCAAUUCAUGAAGAAUCUUGGAACCACAGUAAUCGUUUGUUGUGUGAUGAGCUCGCAUAUGAUCGGAAUACUCUACUUCUGGAAAGUAGCAGGUUAGAAAGUCAAUUAUCUGAUGAGCAAACUUUGGUUUACAAUACGAUCCUUAAUCAGUACAAGAAAAAAAAGGGGGUUUUUUCUUUGUUUAUGGAUAUGGUGGCACCGGUAUGA